UCAGAGGACAAGCGGUCGUGCCUUGGACUGGAACUGAUAGUGAGGGGAACUGUUAACGAUGAUGUCUCUUGUAGUCGUCGCCUUUGUUGUGAUUUGUGCAACGCUAUCAGAUAGCGCUCCAACAAACCAUACUGCAGCUUAUUGCCAUACAACGUACAACCGUACCUGUCAAUCGCAUGUCAACGAGAAACGGAUCUAUUGUGGCAAUGAUGGCAAAAAGUACCAUGGCUUAUGUGAGUAUCUACUUGCCAACUGUGAGCACCACGUCACCGUGGUCGGCUACGGUGAGAACUGCACCCACACGAUCCACGUCACACGUCCAACCCAGCCUCCACCUUCCCAUUUUGAGCUUGGGCUCUAUGGUGCGAUAACCCACGGAAUCGACGACAGACUGAAGGCAAUCAAGGCCAGAAACAUCUCUGUAGCUCUUGCCAAGAAGGUGUACACCAAACAGGACCAUGCUAACAAGGUGUAUGUCCGCAACAAGGACUGCUGGGCGUAUGGCCUUGACCUGACCUCCAUCUCACCCUGGAACAGCAACCUGGCCAACAGGAAGGCCGGGACUCUGGUUUCUCCAAGACACGCCCUGUGGGCUAGGCACUACAGCAUCAAGCUCAACUCCACUAUCCGGUUUGUUGAUCAAGACAACAACGUAGUUGAGCGCCGUGUCGUCAAGUCCAAGACUGUAUCCGGACCCAACCUCCACGGAAUCUUUGGUCAGGACAUCGUGGUGGGUGAACUGGACAGUGAUGUCCCCAGCUCCAUCUCCUUCUCUAAAGUGAUGCCCAGAAACCUGACCACCUUCCGUGUGCCUUACACUAUGCACAUACCGGCCAUGAGCACAGACCAGGAGGAGAAGGCUCUUGUGGACGACUUCUACUACUACUCCGCCGUCAACGCCGGGCUACGUGUUCCUCUGACCACCUCCAUCCGACACGACUACUACGAACGCAAGAUCGGUGGUGACAGUGGCAACCCUACCUUCUUCAUCAUCGACAACCAGUUGGUUCUGUUGUUUGUGUUCACGACAGGCGGUGCUGGAGGUGGGACGUCCAUUAACCAUUACUUUGAUCAGAUCAACGAGAUCAUGGCCAAGGAAGGAGGAGGCUACCAGCUGACGGAGAUGGAUCUCAGCAAGUUCCUGGAUAAGGGGCAGUCAUUACCAUUUCUUAUUGGGAAAUAAAUCCUGACAUAAGUAGAA